AUGAAGGAAUUAUCAUCUAUAAAAACUCCUGGUCUUCAUGGAAAGGGCUAUCCUGAUGUUGCAACUAGGCAACUAAUUAAGUUAUUUGGUGAUUUGCGAUCUGAAAUCAAAAUCUUGGGGUUUUUUGAUAGUGACCCUCAUGGAAUAGACAUUUUAAAUGUCUAUAAAUAUGGAUCACAGGCCAAAUCAUAUGACAAUGAAAAUUUGGCAGUUCAACGAUUUUAUUGGAUUGGUUUACAAUAUAAAGAUAGAAAAGAUUACAAUAUUCCAGAUGAUACAUUAAUUAAAAUGACAACCAAUGAUAAAAAAAAAUGCAAGGAUUUAUUAAAGAAUAAUAAUUUACCAGAAUCCUGGAGAAUUGAAUUACAAAAACUUUUAAAAUCAAAAAAAAAGGCUGAAAUUGAAUCCUUAUGUUACAAAGAUAACAAUAACUUGUUGAAUUAUUUAAUAUCAAAAAUCAACAAUAAUAGAUCAUGGUUAUAA